AUGGCUUCUCAGUUUAAAAACGUCGCUCCAGAAGAAUCCCAGAUAUCACUUAUUCACUCUCCGUUACACAUCAAUACCCAAAUAUGUGAUACGAGUGGAGAUAACAAAAAUCGUUAUACGAUGGUUGCGACACAAAAUCAAGCUAAUACUGUGAUAUCAAGAAUCGAGUACGUUUUCGAAUCAAUGGUAGACUGUAUAUUAGGCAGCAAAAAGGAGCUUGUGAUUCAACUGAAAUUCCGAACAGACCUAGGGAAGGGCUUUCCUAGUUCAGAUGACUCUACUCAAAAGCUAAGAAAUAUAAUUUUUCCAAGCAAAAAUCCACGAGAAGCUUGGAAAUUUACAGUUCUCAUCAGGAUACUUGAGUUGUGCCAUGAAGCAUUAACUACCGGAAUCCUAAUGACCAAACGAUUUAGAGACAUCUACUAUCGAGAACCAGAGCUGUUUAAAAGGCAGUCUAUCGUUGACCACUAUAUAGAUGAGAUCGCAUACACCUUUGGGGUUGAGAGACUCGCUUUAAACGUGGUCGCAGCGGCUAAAGGUUUGAUGGCUGGAUCCCUUACCAUAAUUCAGCACGGCUGCCCCGCCAUUGACUACUCUUUUGCAACAGAGGCUACUUUUCAAACCUUGGCUUCAAGCUUAUACUGGAAAAGCUCUAAGGCAGGUAAUGGAAUUCUCAUAACAGCCAAGGGUUAUCCAGAUAUACAAACACGUAGAUUCCUAAAUCUCAUCGCUGCCAAAUUUCCCAACAUACCGAUUUUUGCCCUAAUGGAUUUUGAUCCCGAUGGGAUUGCUAUAUUGGCAGUUUAUAAGUUUAACUCAGCAAAACUUUCACAUGAGCCCCAUAUCGCCGUCCCAUCAAUUAAAUGGCUCGGUAUACAGAGUUGUGAUAUUCUACCAGGUCAAAUAAACUCUCAGAGCUUUAUGAGUUUGUCCGCUAGGGAUCGGAAGUUUGCAACAAAUUUUAUGCAGAAACAUUCUCAUACAGGAACACUGAACUUAAACUGGAAGAAAGAGCUACAAACCAUGCUCAUGUUGAAUGUUAAAGCAGAGAUUCAAAUCUUAGGAGGCGCUAGCGUCUUGUCUCGCUGGCUUGAUAAUAAACUGCGAGAAAAUCUUUCUAGAAUCGAAAGUGAGGAAAAUAGUGCAAAUCGAUGA